GCCAUUUCAGGCCUGUUUAUUUAGCUAGCCAGCAGGCUAACCAGACGUAACUGCCAACCAAAAAUAUUUAGUCGGGGUAAAAGGUUUUUCCUUUUAUACAUUCAUAAGAAAUGGGUGUUUCGGAUGAAGCAGAUCGAACACUUUUUGUGGGAAAUCUCGACCCACAAGUCACAGAAGAGCUGUUGUUCGAGUUGUUUUUACAGGCUGGCCCUCUGAUUAAAGUAAAAAUCCCCAAGGACAAUGAUGGAAGGAUGAAACAAUUUGCUUUUGUCAAUUAUAAACAUGAGGUUUCUGUACCCUAUGGCAUGGAGUUGCUCAACGGGACAAAGCUGUUUGGGAGAGCGCUAAAAAUUCAAUUCAGAUCAGGCAGCAGCCAUAUGAACCAAGAGGGCAAAAAUCCUAGUCCAUCAAACACACCUGGAAGGUAUGACCGGCCAGAUCAGACGGGCUCUCCGCUCUUCUCUACUCCUCCUCAAAUGCAGAGAUCUUUCUCUUCACCUGAUUCACUACAGAGGCAAGCACUGAUGAACAACAUGUGGCAGCUGCAGAUGCACCAGCUCCAGCAACUGAACGGAGCGUUCCCCAUGGGCUUCCCGCCGGCGUUUGGAGGAGCUGCUGGAGGAGCCGCUGGAGGAGGAGGAGGAGGUGCUGGUCUUGCUGGGGAAAGUCCAUGGCAGCUGGAGAGCCAGUCUUCGAGAGGACAUCGGCAGUCCCACCAGCAGGACUCCGUAGGAGGAGGAGGAGGCCAUCAGGGCCGAGAUCAGCGCUACAGCGACGCAGGGCCGGAGCGGCACCGCCGCGACUACGCCCAACGCAGCGACUUCCAUCACCACGACGACCGCAGCGGAGGCCGCAACCGAGACUACCCCGACAGGCGGCGGGACCAGCGAGAGGGAUCAAGAGACGCGCCACGGGAUGGACGUUAUCGACGAUACUGAAGACUGGAAUUUUUUUCUGGAAUUUUUAAAAAAAGAACUGAGAUUUAAGAUUUUUUUAGAAUAUUUUUUUAAUCACCACAUGAACUCUUAAAAAAAAAAAAAAGUUAUAGUUGGAUUUUUAAGCCACUGAAUCUUGAUUCUUUUUAAUGUAAAACCUUUUUUAAUUUGAGUUUAUAGGAUUUUUUUCCAAAUUGGACAUUUUUUGGAAAAAAUAUUCAUCAUGACUACAAAAAAGAAUACAAAAUAUUUGAUGUAUUUUUUACUUUUUUAUUUUUCUUUGACAAAUGUGUACUUUACAAUGGUAUUGUGUAUUGUUGGAACAAAAAAAAAUAAUAUGGAGCCAAAAAAAUGAAUUCUCAGGUUUAACCAUCAAUUAGAAAAAAGCUCCUUUACAAUAAAAAAGAAAAGCAUUUGAGACGCCAUAUUUGAGUCCUUUUAGUAGUAAUGGCAUUGUCCCCGAUUGUAAGGCCACUGAACAUUUGUUGUUUAUAGACCGAAAAAUUGCAGACGGAUCAGUUUUGAAUAAAAAUGAAACUGUUACUACUA